UUUGCAAAACCGUCUGGUCUCGGCAUUUUUGUGUAAAUUUUAAAACACACUUUUCAUUGCUAUAAUUUAAAACACGUGCAAGAAUGGCGGCAGCAAUCGAUGGUGUUUUACCAGAACAUUUGCAAGAGUUGGUUAAGAACUCCAAAGUUUUGGUUGUUGGUGCGGGCGGCAUAGGCUGUGAGGUGCUAAAAAACCUUGUGCUUAGCGGAUUUGUUAAUAUUGAAAUUAUUGAUUUGGAUACAAUUGAUUUGAGCAACCUCAACCGGCAAUUUCUGUUUCAUCGCGAGCAUGUGGGAAAGUCGAAAGCAAAAGUCGCGCGUGAGAGCGCUCUUAGCUUUAAUCCAGAUGCAAAGAUUACCGCCUAUCAUGACAGUGUGACAAGCACCGACUAUGGCGUCAAUUUCUUCAAGAAAUUCGAUGUUGUGCUAAGUGCUCUGGACAAUCGAGCAGCGAGGAAUCAUGUCAAUCGCAUGUGUCUAAAUGCUGACGUUCCACUGAUUGAGAGUGGCACCUCCGGCUACAACGGUCAGGUGGAGCUCAUCAAACGAGGCUUGACUCAAUGCUACGAGUGCACACCGAAGGCCAAACAACGCACCUUUCCAGGCUGCACCAUAAGGAACACUCCGUCAGAGCCAAUACAUUGCAUCGUCUGGGCCAAGCAUUUGUUUAACCAAUUGUUCGGAGAGUCUGUUGAGGAUGAGGACAUUUCACCUGAUGCCGCUGAUCCAGAGGCUCAGGAAGGGGACGCUGAAGGCACCGAAAUUCCUGCUGGGGAUGGGGCUGGUGAUGGUAAGGAAAAAUCUGCAUCGGAAUCGGCAAAUGGCAACGUGGUGCGCAUCAAUACGCGCCAAUGGGCCAAGGACUGCAAUUACGAUGCGAGUAAGCUGUUCAACAAGUUCUUCUUUGAGGACAUCAAUUACUUAUUGCGCAUGUCAAACCUGUGGAAAUCUCGCAAAGCACCUGUACCUGUGCAAUGGGACACAUUGUUACCCAAAGGCAUACCCGACGGUGAUUCUCUACCGGAAUUUGCACGUCAAUUCCACAAAGUUUGGUCAGUGGAGGAGUGCGCACAAAUCUUCUCCAACUCGCUGAGGCAAUUAAGCAAUGAUUUUCUUAAACUGGACAAUAACGAUAGUCUUGUCUGGGACAAAGACGAUCAAGCUGCCAUGGAUUUUGUGGCCGCAUGUGCCAAUGUUCGAUCACACAUCUUUAAUAUUGAGCGCAAAUCUCGUUUCGAGAUCAAGUCUAUGGCUGGCAAUAUCAUACCAGCUAUAGCGACUACUAAUGCCAUCACGGCGGGUAUUUCAGUGUUGCGUGCGUUCAGUGUUCUCGAAGGCAAAUUUGACCAAUGCAAAGCGGUGUAUGCUCGCCUACGUCUAAAUCCGCGCAAUCAGUUCCUUGUGCCGGAUAAAUUCUUUCCUGAGCCCAAUCCCAACUGCUACGUUUGCGCUAGCGAUCCGGCAAUAACGCUGCGCAUCGACACGAAACGUGUCCAUAUUAAGGAGUUCCGCGAUGAGGUCCUUAUCAAAACUCUGAAUAUGGUUAAUCCUGACGUGACUUUGGAAAGUACUGGAUCGAUUAUUAUUUCAUCUGAAGAAGGUGAAACAGAAUGCAAUGAACAGAAACUUCUCAGUGAUAUGAACAUUGUGGAUGGUGUAAUCCUCAAGAGUGACGACUUUUUCCAAAAUUAUGAGCUAAGUAUCAUCAUAUCUCACUUUGAUGCCGAGCGCGACGAUCCCUUGUUUGAGGUGAUUGCCGAUAAAAGUCAGUUGCAGCCCAAGGAGGAAGAAGAGGAAAAGCCAGAGCCUAGCGAGAAACUGGUAAGCAGAAAGCGAGCGGCCAAUGGGAACGGCGAGUCAGUGGAAAAAUGCGAUGAUGGUCCGUCAACUUCGAAACGUAGUCGACCCACUGAAAUAGAAGACGACGAUGACGAUGAUUGUUUAAUACUGGAAGAUCCUGAGGAUGAUGUUGUGGAAGCAACGGAUAAGCUCACCGUUGAAAGUCCACCCAAAACCGCUACAAAGCGCAAACCCAGCGAUGUGGUUGAAAGUGAUGAGAUUACCACGAUACUGGACUCGUCCGAUGAGGAGGAGUCCCGCCCAACAAAAUGCAAGCGAUCACGACUGGAAAAAUCGGAAGGGACAGGAUCAAUCGAAAUAAUCAAUAUUGAUUAAUUGCGCUUUUCUGGCUAUAUGUUUAAUAACCACACAUUCGCUAAUAUAUUCAUGGCAUCACCAAAA